CUGGGAAAUAGGAUGAGAUGCACUGGGUGGGUGUGGUGGGAGGGGGACCCAAAGGGAGUCCCCAAGGGCCCAUUCUGAGUGUCUGGGCCUCCCAUGUUCGCCAGGCGAGGGCCCUUAGAUUGGACUUUGUGAACCUCCAGGAAGGUGCUGGGCCUCAGAGGUCUUUAAGCUGUCCCCACCCCCAGAUCUGUAGACAUGCACAUCUGCCCUUCUCUGCGGAGGGGGUCGUUGCCAUUUCAUUUGGUUCUCAGGAGGGUCCCUGGCCCCAGAGGAAAAGCACGGUGCACAUCUCAGUUAUAGUGUGUCUGUUUUAUGCCAACCCCUCACCCCAUGAGCCGCGCCACCCCCUCUACCCCCGUGAUCCCAGCAUCACCUUCUGAGUCAAUCCGUCUAUACUUUCUGAGCCCACCCUUCUCUCCAUGACCCUGCUUGCCCUCCACGACCCCACUGUUACCUUCUGUCCUAACUCCUCUCCUUGCCCCUGCAUGCCGUAGCCCCUGCAGCACCCCAGCCUCAGCCCCACUGCCUUUGACCUCUGCCACUGCGCCCCUGGACUCUCCCUGGACCCCUAUGACUCCCCAUCAACACCCACCCCUCCCUUCUUCCCUGGAAUAGCGCCUUGCCUACCUGUGCUUGGCUGUCUCCUGAGGACCUGUGCGCAUAGGGGAAAGAGGUUGAGGAUGUGGGAGUAGGGGACGAGAGGAGGGGGGGGAAAGCAGAAGAAGAAAGUGAAAGAAGCUCUAGAGGAAACCACAGGGCCUGUAGGGAAGGAGGGGUCAUUGCUGUGGCAACGCCGGUUGUGGGGGAAGGGCAAGAGGUCUGAGAGCCAGAGGCUGGCUGAAGCCCACCCAGAGGAGGACCCCCUUCUCCCCAGUUGCUCCUCUGGCAGCUACACCCCUCCCACCCACUUGAUGCUCACUGAACACCCUGCCAGGAGAUGGGCUCUGUGGUCCCUGCACAGUAGAGGAGACAGACCUGUGAAUGGACAUCACAUGCAGUUCCUUCUUAAAACUCCCUGUGGUCAGCUGCGGGCCUCGACCUCUUUUCCUGGCAGCCUCGUCCUUGCCCGACUCCAGCUGCCAUGCGGGUGCUCAUUUUUGCCCAGUUCACUUCUGCCACCCCCAUCCCAGGCUCCACCGUUUGACUCCUUGGACUCCCAACCUCAUCCUUUGAGCCUGGCCCUGUGCCAGUGUCUCCCAACUUUCCAGCAUCUGGAUCUUGAAUUUUACAUUCUUCCAUUGCUAUUACUUCUCACCCAUCAAUUCUCACUCUUAUCCAGCCCCUGGUAAGUGCCACAUUCUCCACUAAACAAUUGCUACAAAUAAUCUCAUUUCAUUCUCACAACAAUCAUAUGAGUUUCACUUGACAGAUGAAGCAGCCACGGGAAGGGUAAGUAAGUAACUAGGGGCCCCAUUACUGGUAAAUGACAGAGCCAGGGAUUUGAACUUGGGCAGCUUGGCUCCAGAGUCAAUGUAGUUAAGCACCCACUCUAAGACAGUGGGCGCCAGGUUUUCAGAAAGAACAAUAGUCAUUAACUUCCCCCUCCUACAGUACUUACUGCCUCCAUAUUUCUUCCUUCCCGUCAUGUUCCUAUAUGAGGAAGUAGAGAGAUCAAUCUGGGAGGCAGGCGGACCUGGAUUUAAAUCCAGACCAGCUAGUUUGCUAACUCUGUGAUCUCGGGCAAAAUUCUUUACCUUGUACUUCUAAGCCUCUACGUCUGUAAAAUUAGGGGGCUGGGGGAAGUUUCACACCUAUGUCAUGAGGUUCUUGUGCGAAUGAAUUACGUUAUGAUGAUAUAUCCAGCGCACAAUAGGCAUCCAGUAGAUGAGCUUCCUUCUUCCAGAUCCCUGUGUCACCACUCCCUUGAUCCGUUUUCACCCUUAUCUGCCCCGUCGUCUCCUAGAUCAGUCACCCCCACCACCCCCAAGUCUCCCCCACCCCGGGGUGUGUCACUUCCUCCUCUGCAGCCUCCCAGAUCAGUACACAAAGGCUGCUGCUACUGCCGGAGGAAGGGCUGCUCCGCACGCAAGCACGCACCUACCAUGGUGGCUUUGUCAAUGGUCCUUGUUUUCCUGCUGGCCCUGAGCAGAGGUGAAAGUGAGUUGGACGCCAAGAGCUCAUCCUCACAGGAGGCCACAGAGUGGAGGGAUCCCAAUCUGUCCCGGCCAGGGUCCUGCCAGCCAGCUCCCUCCUGCCAAAAGUGCAUCCUCUCACAUCCGAGCUGUGCCUGGUGCAAGCAACUGAACUUCACAGCGUCCGGGGAGGCGGAGGCACGGCGCUGUGCUCGGCGAGAAGAGCUGCUGGCCCGGGGCUGCCUCCCGGGGGAGCUGGAGGAGCCCCGCGGCCGGCAGGAGAUGCUGCAGGACGACCCGCUCAGCCAGGGCACCCGCGGCGAGGGGGCCACCCAGCUGGCGCCGCAGCGGGUCCGGGUCACGCUGCGGCCGGGAGAGCCCCAGCAGCUCCGGGUCCGCUUCCUUCGAGCGGAGGGAUACCCCGUGGACCUGUACUACCUUAUGGACCUCAGCUACUCCAUGAAGGACGACCUGGAGCGCGUGCGACAGCUCGGGCACGCGCUGCUGGUGCGGUUGCAGGAGGUCACUGACUCCGUGCGCAUCGGCUUUGGCUCCUUCGUGGACAAAACGGUGCUGCCCUUCGUGAGCACAGUGCCCUCCAAGCUUCGCCACCCCUGCCCCUCCCGGCUGGAGAGCUGCCAGUCACCCUUCAGUUUUCACCAUGUGCUGUCCCUCACUGGGGAUGCAAAGGCCUUCGAGCGGGAGGUGGGACGCCAGAACGUGUCCGGCAACCUGGACUCGCCCGAAGGUGGCUUUGAUGCCAUUCUGCAGGCUGCCCUCUGCCAGAAGCAGAUUGGCUGGAGAAAUGUGUCCCGUCUGCUGGUGUUCACAUCAGAUGACACAUUCCACACAGCUGGGGAUGGCAAGCUGGGUGGCAUCUUCAUGCCCAGCGACGGGCACUGCCACUUGGACAGCAAUGGCCUCUACAGCCGCAGCCCAGAGUUUGACUACCCCUCCGUGGGUCAAGUAGCCCAGGCCCUCUCUGCGGCAAACAUUCAGCCCAUCUUUGCUGUCACCAGCGCCACACUGCCUGUCUACCGGGAGCUGAGCAAGCUGAUUCCCAAGUCUGCAGUAGGGGAGCUGAGUGAGGACUCCAGCAAUGUGGUGCAGCUCAUCAUGGAUGCUUAUAAUAGCCUGUCAUCCACUGUGACCCUCGAACACGACUCUCUUCUCCCUCCGGGGGUCCGCAUCUCUUAUGAAUCUCAGUGUGGGGAUUCUGAGAAGAGACUGGGUGAAGCUGCCGACUGGGGCCAGUGCAAUCACGUCCGAAUCAACCAGACAGUGAAUUUUUGGGUUACUUUCCAAGCUACCCGCUGCUUCCCAGAGCCUCAUCUGCUGAGGUUCCGAGCCCGUGGCUUCUCUGAGGAGCUGACUGUGGAGCUGCACACACUGUGUGACUGUAACUGCAGUGACGCCCAGCGCCAGGCUCCUCACUGCAGCGAUGGCCAGGGGCACCUCCAGUGUGGGGUGUGCAGCUGUGUCCCCGGCCGCCUGGGUCGACUCUGUGAGUGUUCGGAGGCUGAGCUAUCCUCCCCAGAUCUGGAGUCUGGGUGCCGGGCCCCCAAUGGCACAGGGCCCCUGUGCAGUGGGAGGGGACAGUGCCAGUGUGGACGCUGCACCUGCAGCGGGCAGAGCUCUGGACGUCUGUGCGAGUGUGAUGAUGCCAGCUGUGAGCGACACGAGGGCAUCCUCUGUGGAGGCUUUGGCCGUUGCCAAUGUGGAGUGUGCCACUGUCACGCCAACCGCACGGGCAGAGCAUGUGAAUGCAGCGGCGACACGGACAACUGUGUCAGUCCUGACGGAGGGCUCUGCAGUGGGCACGGACACUGCAAUUGCAACCGCUGCCAGUGCCACGACGGCUACUAUGGUGCCCUCUGUGAUCAGUGCUCAGGCUGCAAGACACCAUGCGAGACACACAGGGACUGCGCAGAGUGCAAAGCCUUUGGGACUGGUCCCCUGGCCAUGAACUGCAGCACAGCGUGUGCCCACGCCAACACGACUCUGGUAUUGACCCCUACCCUGGAUGACAGCUGGUGUAAAGAGAGGACCCAGGACAACCAGCUCUUCUUCUUUCUGGCAGAGGAUGUAGCUGGAGGCAGAGUUGUGCUCACAGUGAGACCUCCAGAGGAGGGAGCAGACCACACCCAAAUCAUUGUGCUGGGCUGCGUGGGGGGCAUCGUGGCGGUGGGACUGGGACUGGUCCUCGCUUACCGGCUCUCGGUGGAGAUCUACGACCGCCGAGAAUUCCAUCGUUUUGAAAAGGAGCGGCAGCAUCUCAACUGGAAGCAGGACCACAAUCCUCUCUACCAAAGCGCCAUCACGACCACUGUCAACCCCCGCUUUCAAGAGGCAGACAGCCCCCUUCUCUGAAGCGGGGAGAGAAAAUCACUGCAGGGCUCUUCUCUGGGACAGGAGUUGAGGCAUGGGGUGGAUCAGGCUACAGCUUGGCAGGGGCAUUGAAAGGGCUGCCUCCUGCUGCAACCUUGCUUCCCUAGCUACCUCACAAGGAGUGGGGGCUAACCCACCCAGGUCUACAAUAAAGUCUUGACUGAGAGCACA